UUUAUUCCAACGUGUUCUUUUUUUUUUCCCACCCCCUCUUCAUUCUCCCUCCUCCGAAGGACACAAAAGUGGCUUCCGGGGAAAGAUUUGGAGACGGUGGGAGCUUUUCUCUUUGGAGAUCAACUGUGUAGAAAGGAUUUUUGGGUACAGCUUUUAACACCUCUGCCAUCAGUCCCUCAAACCUCUCUGUACUUCUCCAAGAACAACCCUUAGCUUGAAAGUUCGGGGGGCAUUUUGCUGGGUGCACUAGGAGGAGAGAAGGGGAGAACUCUGUUCUCGUCCUGGUAGUUAGCUGGACCUGCACCGGCCGUUGGAGAAACCCCGAAGUACAUUUCCGUAUGGAACUUUUACAGAUCUAGAUAUUUAGAUUUUAAAUACUAGAUAAAUAUAUGCUUUCUAUAUAUUUCCUGACGACCUGCCCCUGACAGCGCGAUGUACAAUACAGUGUGGAGUAUGGACCGCGAUGACGCAGACUGGAGGGAGGUGAUGAUGCCCUAUUCGACAGAACUGAUAUUUUAUAUUGAAAUGGAUCCUCCAGCUCUUCCUCCAAAACCACCUAAGCCAGUGACGUCUGCAGUUACAAAUGGAAUGAAGGACAGUUCUGUUUCUCUUCAAGAUGCAGAAUGGUACUGGGGGGAUAUUUCAAGGGAAGAGGUGAAUGACAAGUUACGGGACAUGCCAGAUGGUACCUUCUUGGUCCGAGAUGCCUCAACAAAAAUGCAGGGAGAUUAUACUUUGACUUUGCGGAAGGGAGGAAAUAAUAAGUUAAUAAAGAUCUAUCAUCGAGAUGGUAAAUAUGGCUUUUCUGAUCCUCUGACGUUUAAUUCUGUGGUGGAGCUCAUUAACCACUAUCAUCAUGAAUCCCUUGCUCAAUACAAUCCCAAACUUGAUGUGAAGCUGAUGUACCCAGUGUCCAGAUACCAACAGGAUCAGUUGGUAAAAGAAGAUAACAUUGAUGCAGUAGGUAAAAAACUGCAAGAGUACCACUCUCAGUAUCAGGAGAAGAGCAAAGAGUAUGAUAGACUAUAUGAAGAAUAUACCAGAACAUCCCAGGAAAUACAGAUGAAGAGGACUGCAAUUGAAGCUUUUAAUGAAACAAUUAAAAUAUUUGAGGAACAGUGUCACACACAAGAACAACACAGCAAAGAAUAUAUUGAGCGAUUUCGCAGAGAAGGGAAUGAAAAGGAGAUUGAACGAAUUAUGAUGAAUUAUGAUAAAUUAAAAUCACGUCUGGGUGAGAUUCAUGAUAGCAAAAUGCGUCUAGAGCAGGAUUUGAAGAAACAAGCUUUGGACAACCGAGAAAUAGAUAAAAAAAUGAAUAGUAUCAAACCUGACCUGAUCCAGCUGCGCAAGAUCCGAGAUCAGCACCUUGUAUGGCUCAAUCACAAAGGAGUGAGACAGAAGCGCCUGAAUGUGUGGCUGGGAAUCAAAAAUGAGGAUGCUGAUGAGAACUAUUUUAUCAAUGAGGAAGAUGAAAACCUGCCCCAUUAUGAUGAGAAAACCUGGUUUGUUGAGGAUAUCAAUCGAGUACAAGCAGAGGAUUUGCUUUAUGGGAAACCUGAUGGUGCAUUCCUAAUUCGUGAGAGUAGCAAGAAAGGAUGCUAUGCUUGCUCCGUAGUCGCUGAUGGGGAAGUGAAGCACUGUGUGAUCUACAGCACUGCUCGGGGCUAUGGCUUUGCAGAGCCCUACAACCUGUACAGCUCGCUUAAAGAGCUGGUGCUCCAUUACCAGCAGACAUCCCUGGUUCAGCACAACGACUCCCUGAAUGUCAGGCUUACCUACCCUGUCUAUGCACAGAUGCCCUCACUCUGCAGAUAAAGAGGAAGUGGGAAGAGGUGGCUCUCUAGCCUUUUAUCCUACAGUUUUUAUUAGACUACGAUGAGGGCAUUCUUUCUACGUAGACUGCUUGUUUUGCACAAGAAGUGAUUCUGUGAAUGUGAAGUGGAGAGGCCACACAGCCACUGGCCUACAUGAGGGCAUUAGGGGCCUGGGGUUCUUUGGGACUCAGCUGUGUUGCUGCACUGACUUACUAAGCUGGAAGGAGAUGUUGUUUUUUGGAAAGUCUAUUUCAUUGGGGUUUUUGUUUUGUUUAGCCAGGCACCCUCAACAGAACAUACUAGGUUUGGUGGGGGGCUGGGGUGGGAGCUAUAUUGGGAAGCCUUUGAAGAGGACAUGUCCUCUUUUGUCCUUUGACACUGAGAACACAGUGGGGGCAUGGCUCUGCUAGGAGUUCUGUUUUGCCAUGGCAGUCUCUCUUCCUCCUCAUCACCCCUCAAAAGAGGCUGUUUAGGUUCUGUAGUAGAAGGGGAAUUGGCGGGUGAAAAAGACAACCAAAGGAAAUGGGGAGGCUUGGGAUUUCAUUUAAAGAAUCUAAGGCAAGGUGGGGAAAAAAAACUUCAGGUGAAGGUACUUUAUUUCACUAACAUAAUUUAGGCUUCAGCAUCUCACUUCUUCCCUUUGAAGAAGCAUUAGGUUUAGAAACCAACAAAACAAUGUUUGUUGCCAGACCAAGGUCUGAUGGGAGAAGACGGCCCUAGUUGCUGAAUGUACACUUCUGUACCAAAACUUGAAAAUAAAAACAAAACUAGUUUGUGAGUUUUAGUAAACACUAAAAUUGGUCAGUGUAUAAGCCCUUCUGUCUGUCCUUGUUUCUCAGAGAUGAGGAAUAGCAUUGUUUUUUGUGGGGAUGGUGAGCUUUGAAUCAUAAAUUGAAGUUGGUGCUUGUGUGGUGUUUCUGUAGCCUCAAGAAUGAUAUGUUGUUUGAAACCUUUGUAACUUGUUUGUAUGAGUAAAGAAAAGGUGCAAUCCAGUGCUUUUAGAUGGCUUGAUAUACCAAAUAAUGAUCUAGAACAACAUUCUUAAUUUGUGCUUCCCCAAGUUUAAAGGCCCUGCAGAAACAGUAAACAGGGUUUAAUUUCCUUUCAUCUCCCCUUCAUUUUCUGGAUAGGGUUUAGGGAGCCAUAGGUGGCCAAGGAAGGGAGCCAGACUGCGGUCAGGGACUUCAGUAAGUCAUAGACCCCGGUGUCCAGGGUGAGGGUCGUACCACAUAAUACAUAUGCUUCCACACAGUGGUUUCUGGAGCUUCUGCAGGGAGAAAAGAUGGCUUACAGAGUUAGACUGUUAGCAGAAGCCAUCUGCAAGCUUUUUUCUUUGCCUUUUUUUGUGAUCCUGGCGUUAAAGCAAUGUGCACAGUCUGCCCUCAUGCUCCAGUGGCAUUGGUUUUAGGCCAGGAAUCUUCUGCUCCAUGUGGCUUAAGCCUUCCAGCUGAGUGAAGCUAGCCAAAUGGAAUGGGGGGGGGGCAUCUACUCCUGCCUCCAUUAUGUCCCACACCCAUCAGUCAACACUCAUUUGACAAAGUCCAGCUGCCACUGAGCCAAUCCUGGGACC